CAGGAAACGCUAUUCUUCUUUUUUUUUUAAUCAACUAUAUUUAUUCAAUGGCUUCUUCUUCUCAUAAUACUUUCGAACAAGAUGAUGAAAGUUUUGAUCAAUAUUUUAAUCAAUAUAUUGAUGACUAUUUUGAUCAAACACUCGAGAAUUUAGCCAAUAAUAAUGGUGAUCAAGAAGUGGAAAGAAGAACAAGAAAAAAACGAGUUCAUAUAGAAAGAAACCGGGAAGAAGGCGAUAAACGUUUAUGGAAUGAUUAUUUCAGUGAAAAUCCAACAUAUCCUGAAAAUCUAUUCCGACGACGAUUUAGAAUGAACAAGCCAUUGUUCCUGCGUAUUGUUGAUCGACUCUCUAAUGAAGUUGAAUACUUUCGAGAAAAGAAAGAUGCUCUCGGAAGGCGUAGUCUCUCUGCACUUCAAAAGUGUACAGCAGCCAUUCGUGUCUUGGCGUAUGGUUCUGCGACUGACGCUGUUGACGAAUACCUCCGACUCGGUUCAACUACUGCUCGGUUAUGUGUGGAACAUUUUGUCGAAGGAAUAAUAAAUCUAUUCGGCGCUGAGUACCUACGAAGACCAACACCGGCUGAUCUUCAACGUCUACUUUAUAUUGGUGAGCAACGUGGAUUUCCGGGGAUGGUAGGAAGCAUCGAUUGUAUGCAUUGGGAGUGGAAGAAUUGUCCCACCGCUUGGAAAGGGCAAUAUUCACGUGGUUCGGCUAAACCCACAAUCGUAUUAGAGGCGGUUGCUUCGUACGAUCUAUGGAUAUGGCAUGCGUUUUUUGGACCUCCAGGUACUUUAAACGAUAUCAAUGUUCUUGAUCGCUCACCAGUUUUUGAUGACAUAAUAAACGGUCAAGCUCCGCAAGUUACUUUCUCUGUCAAUGGAAACGAGUAUCGUUUGGCUUACUAUCUCACCGAUGGUAUUUAUCCGAAAUGGGCAACUUUUGUCCAAUCUAUUUCACUACCACAAGGUCCGAAAGCGGCUUUAUUUGCUCAACAUCAAGAAGGUGUCCGAAAAGAUGUUGAGCGUGCUUUUGGAGUCUUGCAAGCUCGAUUUGGGAUUAUUAAAAAUCCAGCACGUAUUUGGGAUAAAGCCAAAAUCGGGAAGAUUAUGAGAGCAUGUAUCAUACUCCAUAAUAUGAUAGUUGAAGAUGAACGAAAUGGAUACCGUCAUUUUGAUGUUUCAGAGUUCGAACAAGGAGAAGACAACGGAGGUUCACAUGUGGAUCUCACGUAUUCUACUGACACGCCUUCAAAUAUUGCCAAUAUGAUGGGUGUUCGAACUACUAUUCGUGAUAAACAAAGACAUCGACAACUGAAGGCUGAUUUGGUUGAACAUAUAUGGCGUAAAUUUGGACAUAAUGAAGACAACAACUGAAUUUAGAUGUUUCUUUCUAAAUUUUCUCGUUUAUUUUAGUAAUCUUUGUUUUUAUGUUUUUAUUUAAAAUCCUAUCUUGAAAAUGUUUCUUUAAUUAUGUUUCAUUUAAUAAAUAAAAUUGUCUUAAAAUUUUUUUUUUUCUUAAGAACCCUUAAUUAAGAAACUACCAAUGGAGGCACAAAAUCAAACAAUUUCUUAGUAGAGUUCUUAAGUCCACUAAUGUACACUUAUAUAGUUAAAUAAUCAUUAAGAAAUCCAUUAAGGAUCCAAGGGAUAAACAUGCUCU